UCACAGCGCCUUUAGCCUAUAUUUUCUUUGUUAACAGCGCUUUAUAAAUAAAUUAUAAUUAUUUUGUCCAGUUAUCAAAUUGUACAAUUUCUUCAACACCAACUGACAUUGAAAUGAUAUAAAACGAACUGCCAUUAAGUGGUUAUUCAUUUCAUUCUCCUAACCGAAACAAACCAACAACAAACAAACAAUAACUCACAAAAGCACUAUUAGGUUCUAUAGACACACUUUGCUUUUCCAGUGUGUAAUUUUUGAAAACAAUGUCUCCUUCCAAAGAGCAAGAGUUCAUAACAUUCUACAUUCAGUUGUGUCUUGUGUAUAAUACUAUUCUAUUUUAGUGUGUUAUACACGUAGUGCUCUGGGCCUAUCGUCCUUUCAUUUUGUCAUAAGUCGAGUGUGAGCAUUGCAUCGCGUCUUCACAAUUAUUUUUUAAAUAUAAUUUAAUUACAUUUUCGAACAAGUGUUAUUCGGAUGAAAAAAAAGCGAAUUGUUAACAAAAAAAAAAGCACUCAACAUGUUUAAGUAUGAAAUUAAUACUUGUUUUCUUGUUUUUAUGACCAAUGUCGUUUUGUGCCAAAUUGUGAGAUCACCCUCUGAGGAUUACCGUAUAGAGCUACCACAGGACACAACCAACUAUUAUCAACAUUACCAAGAGUUUCAACGCUUGGUUCCUCAAGUGUUAUACCAAUCUGAUCUGUUGGAUUACAUUAGCUCAGCGAGUCGGCCUGGAGUGGGCAAUCAACAGAAUGUCAAGAAGUUACGUGAUAUGAAUAAACUUUAUACACCAAAUACAUCUUUAAACGAAGAUCUCGAAAACAUUGCUAACAAUGCCGGGAGACUAGGAGCAGCCGCUGAUUCAACAACGAUAACUCCGUAUUUAAACGAAAAAUGCCUAGCACACACAAAUCAGUUAAUUUCUGCUUUCAGGAAGUCGGAGUAUUGGGCCUUGUCUGUGAUUGAUUCAUGGGGGAAGCCUGGUCCAUCUCUUCUCGAAGGAAGAUUCAACCUGGUUGGCAAUUAUCGCCAGUGUCGCGCUGCUCAAGGGAUGGCGAUAAACAAUACGAUGGAUGGUUUCAAGGGAAACUACUGCGUACUACAAAUCAAGAUGAAAAAUACAAUGGCCAAGGAGACGCCAGUCUAUUUACAAAGUCAGUUCGUCCAGCUUGGUGCGUGUUGCCCAGCUUCGUGUUCCCAAGGGGAGAUCAGUGUGCUUCUUCGAGAAGGUUUCAGAUUAUUAAAUUUAUCAACGAUUGUAACUAUUGACACUGAAUGUCAUACCGAUGACCGAGUCAUCACCAAAGCCACAAUAGCUUCAAUUAUUCUGGCGUCUUUUAUUGGCGUAGCGAUCAUUUUGGGAAGUAUGUACGACUUAUUACAUACUAAGCACUUUGUGGGGAGUCAGGUGAAGCCAACCUCAAACAUUUUGCCUGGCGUUGAAGAUGAGACUCUGACCCAAGGCAACUUCAAGGGCGAAAAUAUAAUAUGCGCCAAAAGAUUAAAACCACUGCUACAGGAAACGAAAAUUAACGAAGCGAAAAUGAAUCCAAGUGAUAUAGAGAGAACAGAAACUGAACACUUGAUAAACUCAGCAUCGAAACACAAAGAAGAAGUCCCAGAGCCAAAUAUUUUUAGUCAAAUGUUACUGGCCUUUUCGCUCUUCACCAAUGGAUCUAAACUUCUGAGCACCUCCCAAUCCCCGGACACUUUGUCUGUUAUCAGUGGGGUACGGUUUCUUAGUAUGACCUGGGUGAUCCUUGGUCACACGUACACAUAUGGAUUUGAAAAGUUUGCUAAUGCAAUGACAGAGUUUCCAUAUCUACUUCGCCGAUGGUCAACUGAUGCUAUAUCCAACAGUUUUGUCUCGGUAGAUACAUUUUUUGCCAUCAGGUUGUAUAUUUACAGUGGUCUCCUUGUUUCGUAUUUAACUUUGAAGGAGAUGUCAAUAAAAGGCUGGAGACUAAAGUGGGGACUUUAUUACUUUCACAGAUUUUGGAGAUUGACUCCCUCCUAUAUGCUGGUCUUGCUUUUCGUUCUUGGCUUUCAGAGGUUUUUGGGUUCAGGUGCUUUAUGGGAUACAGUCCAACCAAACGACCAGGUGGCCUGUGAGAAAAACUGGUGGACCAAUUUAUUGUAUAUAAACAAUAUAGUCAAUAGAUAUGAGAAGUGCUUUGGGCAUUCCUGGUAUUUGGCUAAUGAUAUGCAGUUCUUCUUGUUAUCUCCCCUAAUGUUAAUACCAUUGCACUGCAACAUAAUAUUUGGGUUAUCCAUUUGUUCCUUUUUUCUGAUUGGUCAGUGGAUCUGUGUCGCUGUUUUGUCUGUGCACUACAGAUGGCCAACUGUAUUGGUAGGACUCAACAAACAUAUUCAAGAAUCAUCUGAUCACUGGAUGAAAAACUACUACAUAGUUCCAUGGUGCAGGAUUGGUCCUUAUGUUAUUGGUAUACUGACUGGUUACUUUUUGGUUAGAUCUGAUAGGAGAAUCUCUUUAAACAAGGGUUUGGCAAUGCUCGGAUGGACAACCGCUGCAGGGACAGCUCUGUUAGUUCUUUAUGGUCUGCAUGGAGACACAGGAGGAGAUCAUCCAAGCAGUGUUGGGGUGGCAGCUCUAUACAAUGCAGUGGCUAGGUCAGCCUGGGGAGCCUGUGUGUGCUGGGUGGUCGUUGCCUGCGUCUCAGGAUAUGGAGGAUGGCAGCAAGCAGAAUUUGUACACAUGACCAUUUUGUUGACAGUCCAAAGUGCAUAUCACAUAACCAGGCAGCCUAUUCUAUGUCCUGUGAACAAACUUCUGUCCUGGUCACCCUUCAUUCCCCUAGGUAGGCUCACCUAUAUGGCUUACCUGAUUCAUCCCUGUCUUAUCAAAGUGUAUUAUGGUAAUCAUGAGGUUCCGUUCUACCUAAGUGACAUAAACUUGGUUGUAACCUAUUUGGGUAUAUUGGUUAUGACUUACAUGAUAUCAUUUGUACUCAACUUGGCCCUGGAGUCUCCCAUGAUUGGCCUGGAGAAAAUUCUUUUGAGGAAAAAGUAAACUAUUUCUGUUUCAAUAAGUAAACAGCACAACAAAAUUUAAGACUUCAUGUUUAUUGUUGUUUUGAUAUUAAAGAGUAUGUACAAGUAGAGAA